AUGGAGAUCUGGACGCCGUGGGAGACCUCCCGCCAUGCGCGUGAGCUCAUAGGACCCAGGACGACGCAGCAUGAGCCGGUACCGGAGGAGGACCCUCCGACCCUCACAGACACGUGGAUCGGUCCCUUAACUUGCGUCCGCGUGGUGCGUCGCUCAAGACCAGACAUGUGUGCCUUUCCCCACGUAUGGGAGGCCAUCGAGGCCUUUCUAGACUGCUCACCGAGCUGUACAUUGACUCAAGCAGCAGUGUUUGGAUCCAUGAGAUUACUACGCGGUAUCUCGGCGCGAUCAGAGGGAAUGGGUACAAUGGACGCGUUCUACAAGCAGGCGCAGUUCUCAGCCUGGAGGACUCGUAACGAGAGCAGUGGAGCAGGCGGCUAG